UGUUAUUUCUGUUCCGGGCCGAUCUACCCUGGCUAAGGCAUGAUGUUCGUCCGCAACGACUACAAGGUGUUCCGAUUUUGCAAAUCCAAGCGUCAUAGAAACUUCAAGAAGAAGCGGAAUCCAAGCAAGGUCAGGUGGACUAAAGCCUUCCGGAAGGCAGCCAGCAAGGAGCUCACGGUGGACAACUCAUUUGAAUUUCAAAAACGUAGAAACGAACCUGUGAAAUACCAGCGAGAACUCUGGAAUAAAACUAUUGAUGCAAUGAAGAGGGUUAAAGAGAUCAAACAGAAACGGCAGGCUAAGUUUAUAAGGAACAGGUUGAAGAAAAACAAAGAGCCACAGAAGGUUCAGGAUAUCAAAGAAGUCAAACAGAACAUCCAUCUUAUCCGGGCUCCUCUUGCAGGCAAAGGAAAGCAGCUGGAGGAAAAAAAUGGUACAGCAGUUACAGGAGGAUGUGGACAUGGAGGGCGCUUCCUAAUGGUGCCGCCUGCAGCCAGCCCAGUGCACACUGGAAACCAGUGAAGACUGUCGGUCCCUAAGUUCUUCAUUAGUUACAUAA